AAGUAAAAAGACACCAGAAAGUCUCUCCAUAAACGGUUGUUAUUUCUGUUUGUUCUUAAAAAUAAAUAAGAACAUAUAAAUAAGUGUGAAAUAUAUCGGUUAAGAACAUAUAAAUCUGUUUGUUCUUAUGAAUAAGUGUGGAACAGUCAUGUAUCUGCAGCUUUUCAUGUGGAAAAACUGUUUGUUAAAGUACCUUUAAUGAUGUUUCAAUUAAAGAGAGGGGACUUAUUAUUUAAUGGCAUUUGUUUUAUGUCAAAAGUUCUUUAACUCAUUCAUUAAUAAGAGCUAUGAUUUUGGCUGUGAUCUUUGCUUCAAUGUUUUGUUACAAGGAAAACAAGUCAUUCAAGGAAUAUAUUAAAUUUGUAUUAUCAUAGUUAAUAGAAUAAAAUUAUAUAAACUAUGGUAUUAUUAAGGAACCUGUGUAAGUUUAUAGAUUUGACUUCAUUUUUAGCGCCAAUUAAAACCGGAAAUGGUUGCCCUUUCAAUCACAUUCUGAUAUUGUCUAGUGAUUGGGUAUAUCUGACAGGCACGUCAAUCAAAAGCUCUCCCCAGCAUUGAUUUGUUAACUUCGACAUUGAUGGAAUCAGAAUUGACCAAUCAAAAUCGAGUAAGUCACUGGGUGGCAGGAAUUUCCUUUGGCCAUAGCGCGUGAUUUUAAACAAGGCGAAGCCGUGAUUCUUGAAUACAAAAUGGCUGCAGAAAAUUGUGUUUGCUGUGAGGACGGAAAACAAAAUUUCGACCUUAAAGUCCUCUUGAUAUCUUUUUGCUAAAAAAUUGUACGAGAUCGUUAUUUGGAGUUCAAAAUUUGAUGCAAUUUGUAUUUAUUGCACGAACCUAAGUAAUUUUCAAGGGAAACAUCGAUAUCUCAUUUAGAGCGUAUCUCGAAAAGCGGGAGUUUCAAUUUUCAGCAACCAUACUGCAGCCUGGAUAUCAUGUUACAAGUUUUUCAUGGAGAUACUUCGAUCAUCUAAAAUAUAUUCAAGUAUUGUUAUUGUUAGUUUCUGCAAUUUGAGAAGAAUUGACAAGAAAGAAUGAACUAAACGACAUCCAGAAUCUACAAUACAAGCACAAAGAAUAUAAACAAUGAUAUCCAGGCAAAGUUAAACCAGAGCAGAAAAAAUACAACAAACUUCACUGAUGACACAAUGGGUGAUGAUUCAACCAAAAUUGCCUGUAACGUGUCAAAUGAUGCAAUUGCCUCAGCUCAGGGUAUUACUUUCGAUGGCCCACUAAAUAUCACAUCCACAGAAGGUUUUGUUAACAAUGCACCAAGUCAGUUCAUUGUUAUCCAAAGGCAACCAACCUCCACUGCAGAUCCUCAGAUGGCUCAAACAACAGUUGCUAGGCUACCAGUCCAGUGUAAAGCUACCGUUGUUACUUCAUUAUCAUCUACAGCGUCAACGCAAGAAGCAGUAAAAAGUCAAAGUCUUUCCCUCACACAACAGCCUGGUGUUCGAAAAAUUGUUUCUACCAACAGAUCUAUUUUAACUUUUAAUCGGCAGAAUUUGAUCCCUGUUCAAGUUUCCCAAGGACAUGCAUACAUACUCAACUCAGUGCCACAAACGGCUACUGCAAAGCCUCAAAUACUUCCCAAGGGUUCCUCGCCUGAGAAACUCUCUUCGCAACCAGGCCCGGCACAAGUAUAUCUCCCAUUGUCUUUUGCUUCAACAAACCAAACAAUUACAGUACGACCAAUUGCACCAAGAGGUGCAGUUAAUGUUACAAGAGCCAAUGAAAUUGACAAAAAAAAGCAACCACAGCUUGUUCCAAAAAUCGUCUCAACUCAACCACGGCAGAUUCUACUUCCUAGUGGCUCCAUAGGCCAGGCUGGGACUGUGACAUUUUCAGGCCAAAACAGUAUAAACACGUCAAACAUUCAGUCUUUGUCAAACAACGUCCUGCGUAUGCCGUCUGGUGAGUUAAUGCAGGCUGUUAUCACUCCCGUCCAAUAUCGUGGUGCCUUGCCGCCUGGAGCUCUUAUCGUUGGAUCUAACACGAAGAACUCUCAAGAAGGAGAGGAUCCUCUUAACAGUGACGAGGUCAGGGUUGAAACGAAGCCCGUGAAGAAACCUUGCAAUUGCACGAAGUCCCAGUGCUUGAAACUGUACUGCGAUUGCUUUGCGAAUGGCGAGUUCUGUAGUAAUUGCAACUGUCAGAACUGUGAAAACAACAUUGAGCACGAAGUUGAAAGAAGCAAGGCAAUCAAGGCAUGCUUGGAAAGAAACCCUCAAGCAUUUCAUCCAAAAAUCGGAAAGACUCGUGGUGUUUCAGAGCGGCGACAUACGAAAGGUUGUCAUUGCAAGAGAUCAGGGUGUCUUAAGAAUUACUGCGAAUGCUAUGAGGCAAAGAUCAUGUGUUCAACUCUUUGUAAGUGUACUGGCUGCAAGAAUUUCGAAGAGAGUCCCGAGAGGAAAACAUUAAUGCACCUGGCCGAUGCUGCUGAAGUGAGAGUUUUACAACAGAACGCAGCGAGGUCAAAGCUAGAAUCACAACUCGAAUCAGCGACAACUAAACCGUUAUCUACAAACACCGAAAGGCGGCUUCCGUUCACAUUCAUAACAACCUCGGUUGCAAAUGCGACGUGCGAAUGCCUCUUAGAAUGUGCAGAAAAGGCAGAAACGCAACGCUGCUCUGAACAGAAAACGGAAAGAAUGAUUAUCGAAGAAUUUGAGAGGAGUCUUCUGCAAAUCAUACAAUUGGCAAACAAAUCAAAAGGUCAAGGUGUAUAAUGGAAACUGAGUGUAUGCGAUACUUUAAUAGGUAUGGCGUGAUCUGUCACUUCAAACCGAAGCCUGACGCCAUGGCAUGAAAGCAGACCAGCUGUCCCAAGCGUACUAAACAAAUGAUGCUCUCUGCGAAAGGUACUUUUAUUGGUCAUUUCUGUUCAAAUCUAAUGCGAUUGCCAGUCUUCCAUCUACCAUUCAAUUGCCAGUCGUCGAGUUUUCUCCAACGGUAUUUGGUGACAUGAUGAAAGAAACCCAUGUUUUUUAGGAAGCAAAGCAUGGCAUUCCCCGAUCUGCUAGCCCUGGUAGCGAAAGUUGCACGUGGAGUUUUCCAUUGUUGCAUUUGAUUCCUUGAUACCAUUGCCAUACCCUGAAUAGCAUUGUCAUACCCUGGAUACCAUUGCCAUACCCUGGAUACCAUUUUCAUACCCAAGAUACCAUUUUCAUUCCCAGGAUUCCGUUGCCAUACCUUGGAUACCAUUGCCAUACCCUGAAUACCAUUACCAUACUAUGGAAACCAUUUUCAUACCCAGGAUACCAUUGCCAUACCUUGGAUACCAUUUUUGUACCCUGGAUACCAUUUCCAUACCCUGGAUACCAUGUUCAUUCCCAGGAUUCCAUUGCCAUACCUUGGAUACCAUUGCCAUACCCCGGGAUACCAUUACCAUACUAUGGAUUCCAUUUUCCUACCCAGGAUGCCAUUGCCAUACCUUGGAUACCACUGUUGUACCUUUGAUACCACUGUUGUACCUUUGAUACCAUUGCUGUACCCUGGAUUCCAUCGCUAUCUAGAUUCUGCUCUCUGGAUGGGAGUAUUUUUUAUGCUAUAGGGGAUGCAUUGCCCUUGGCAACUCUGGUUUCUUGAUUUUUAUGCAGAUUUCAUUCUUUAGAACAAGUACCUUUGUCAUCCUUGUGUGUCUGAAUGGCGGUCGCCUGCAAAUAGAUCAUCGAUAUAAACUACAUUUGAGCCAUGCCCUAAAGCGUCGAGAAGAUGCUGCUUGCCCUGGAAUACAUUUUUUCAUCAAAAACGCGGAUGUUUAAGACCAUUUUAUUCGCAACAUGUAAAGCGUAGAGCAGAAUGAUACUUUUAAAGCAAUUAUCUCGACUAUUUUCAGUUACAUUCAGAUCCGAGUCUUAGAUAGUUAAAUUCAGAUCCGAGUCCUAGAUAGCAGGAGAACAGUUACAAGCUCCCGUAUCUUAUGAUCUAAUUUCACUGCUUUUUACAAAGAUUCAUAUGGCAUUCAAACAUCGAUAAGAUGCUGUUAUGGAAAUUGCGUAUUCCAGUAAUAAAACCUCUGGCAAGCUGGUUAUCGUUUUAACAGCUUUUUCUUGGUGUCCACACUGGAUCGUGCGUUUUAAUCGCGACGGGUGUACCUUAUGUUACUUUCACUAUCGCGUGGUGACUGUUCCAAAAACACGACUGUGGAUGUCACAGAACUGUGAAAACUGUGCCACGGAAAAAUUAUCAGGAAAGGACACCUGUCUCUUGGAAUCUUACUAAGCUCGAUGUCCUAUUCUCUUUGGAGCACGAUGUCACUUGCUUAAACAGCGCUUGAAAUAUGACGUUGUCGUUUUAAAUUCUCAUUUGAAAACGACAGUGAUUCCUAUCGGGUAAUUUAAAGAUUAUAACCAAAAAAGUCGUUACCUUUUAAUCUGCCGAGUCUUAACUGUGAAAAAUAUUAUGCUUCCCUCAUAUAUAUCAAUGGUCAAUGUUCCUGAUUUGAAUUGAAGAAAAGAACACACCGACUUACUCACUUGCUCUCAAUCAAUCCCAGAUCAAACAUGACGUCAACAGCACGCGAGAGCGCGAAUCUACUCAUCCUUAUGUUGUGAUUAGAAAUCUCUUAUUUAUUUGGCUUCGCCAUAUUGUGAAGAUUUCAGAUUAUUCCCCAGUAAUUUUGUCCAUGUAACUUCUAAAGUUGUGCUGCAAUGGUUCGAAAUAUUCUGGUUCAAAAUAUCCCUAUGUAUAAAAUUUCGAAUAAUUUUUGCUAAUUUAUAGGACUCAUAUCCCAUUAAUUGGAAAUCAAGCGAAUUAAUGUCAGACGUGUUCCUCCGCUCUAGGAUGUUUUCAUUUAUCCUUCAUCUUGAUAAGCCGAGGGAAAGUCUCAUCUUGUCCCACCGCAAGGUGUGCCCAUUAGUCACACAAGCUGUUUUUAUCCCAAUGUUUCUAGACCAACUGUAAAAUAACGCCUCUGUGAUUUGUAAAAGUAAUGCAAAACUUUGUAAAUUUCCUGUAAUAAUAAGAUGUUCUUUUACCGCGAAACUUAUAUUUGUAAUCACUGACAUCUCUUUAAUAUGUGUUUUCUCUCCUUGUUAAUUUUAACUCGCUGCUUGAUGUGGUUUUCUAAGAAAUCUACGAUCUAUUUCCAAUACCUUGGAUCGACUUCCUUAAGUGCUUUAUUUAUCAACAGCUUGGGAUAGUUUGUUCAUUGUUCACGGCUCGUAAGCAGGGAUGUAGUUGUGAAAUUUUAACAAGGGGGGCUCUAUGAAAUUUCUAAUUUGUUCUUGUCAUGUAAUCAUUGAAGUUUGAAUAUGGUGAGGGUUGAUGUUUUUCCGAACAUUGUUUAAGCAGCCAGGUACAUUGAGGCGGAUGGGACCUUAUAGCAAGUGGGGGGACCAUGUAGCAAAUGUUUAUAUUGCUCAAGGGUUCAGUGAAAGCCACUGUGAUAAAUUUUGGGAUAUGGCAUUCCAUGAAUGGCAAGAAAUGCAUCUAAUAUAUUUAUGGCAUCGAUAAGGAAGAACUUUCUUUUCAAUAAUGAUGACCCAUUGGUUGGAUUUUGAAUUGAAACAUUUCCUCCCAUGUUAACAAAACAGAGGCGAUUUUAUCAGCCAAUGAACAGUGCAACUAAAAAUGUCAUGCAGAACUGUGAUUCAGUGGAAAGUAUUCAUAGUUUGCAGAUAUAGAAAAUCAAUUUCGAAAUAAAUACAGCUUUAAGAACGCCCGAGCCUAAAUUAUUAAUUAAAUUAAUUAGAGCACCCAGUGCUCUUAUUAAAAAGGUUGUAGUGCAUGAAAUAUUAAAACUAAACAAGACAAAUAAUAGCACCGGUUGUUGAUUCAGACAUUUCUUAAAAACCAACUGUCUAUACAAAACUGCAACUAAACGUACUCAGUAAGAAAUCAUUCACGAAUUUUCUAUCUGUAUAUAUCGAACUUUGUGUGCAUUUUCAUGCAUAUAAAGCUUGCACUGCCUUUAAAUCUUUCAGUUGUUUCUCUUUUCCUUUUCUGGUUUAGUUGUCAAUGGCUGACCAUUGGUGAAGUAAAGAUUCUUCACUUCUUCACAGCUUUCUUUGCAUUGUAUGAUUCUUGGCUGUACCCAAGCACAAACAAUGAGGAGGGCUGAGCCCCCCAUUUUUUUGAAGAUUAAAAAGGGGGAUUUCGGCCUUUCUGAGCCCCCCACCAUUGCAUCCCUGCUGGUACGUUUCUGGGAUGCUCUGUACAAAUUGAUCUGUCGCCAUUUCAAGCUGUCCCUUCAGCCACUCUGUUCACUGUACGCUUUUGUUUUCUCUUCUUUUUAGUGUAUAUUUUUUAACCAAUGAGUCAAAAUGCCGCCAAGUCUAGGCUUUUGAUGAGCUAAUUAAUGUAUCAUGACAUAUUUAAAUUCGUCGUGCAAGGGACAAUUUUUUAGAUCAAUGAUUGAUAUUUUUUUAAAUAACUAGUUUUCUGCUUGUCGAGACCGAGCCUCCAAUAUGCAUUUAAAAUUUAUGUCAGUUGAUUUCCGGGAAAGAAUCAUCAUUUGAAUAUUUUAGAGGUGUGUUUUUUGUCGUUAAAGGCUUUCUUUCAAAUAUAUACAAUGCUAUUGCUAGUGGAAUUUAGCUGAUUAGCCAUCAUUUGUAACUUCUAAAUCCGAAUCAUAAUGAGGGAAAUUUUGAGCUAAGAACCAAGUGACUUAUUUCUGUCAAACAGACAUUUUUCGGUUGUAUUUCGUCGUGUAUACUUUGAAGUAAGGGUCUUUUUCAUACAUUAAUUUCUUUCGUGAGAAGAUUGGAAUAUACUCUAGCCAGCUCAGCGAUUCAUUAAGAUUUUUCAAUGUUUCGGAUGAGCCUGGUCGUCGUUCCAUUUAGCAGUUUUAAAAUCAUAAACAUAAAACUGAAAAAUAACCGCUUUUUUGAGGACAGAUGGUAUUUGCUGUGUCAAUUAAAAUGAAUUUAAACCUGCCAUAAAGAACACAGAUGGAAUUUGCUGUGGUUCAAGAUGGGAGAUUGGCGAUCACAAUAGUUAGACAGGGGCGUAGCUAAUGGUGGGGGGAUAUGGGGAUGUCACACCCCCUAAUAUUUUCAAAAAGUUUUUAUUUCUCAAUAUACAACUUAAGAUCACUUAUGAUUAAAUAUAGAUAAUUAUAUUUUAUAUCUGUAUAUUAAUUUAGAUAAAAUAUAUUACAUCAAAUGUUUUGUGUUUUUAUUGAGGUCCUUAUUAGUUAAAUUUUCGGUAAAUUCAAAGAAAACGGGAAAUUCCGGGCAAAAUAUUUUGACACCCUUACCCCCCCUCCCGAAUAUUUGAGGUAUCAAUGCGCUCUUGAAGUUACAUGAUGUACAACGAUGGCAGUCAUGACGAUGAAAUAAGUCUGUAAAACACUAUACGUCUGAAGGAUUCUAUUCCGUGUAUUUUGGCCAAAUAUAGGGAUUCCAAGCCUACACAAUUUGCUGAAUUCGUUUCUUAUUACGUCAGAUCUCGCUAUGUUCAAGUGUGUUUCCUGAUACAAUUAAGAUUAUGAACAGUUUUUUGCGGCACAGAACUUGAAAAUGGCUUUGAAAAAGCAAGCAUUUUAUAACAAAUUGGCUAAAAGCUUUUUCGUCUUACACUUCUCACAGCAUAAAACGUCAGAAUAAGGGUCCGAAAGAACACGAUGAAAAAUAUAUAUCCAGUUGUGGAUCGAAAUAGGCCAAUCAGAAAAGCGUAAGCACAAGGCCAGUAUAGUUUUCCAAUCAAUGCAGCGUGCCAACUGCCUAAAAUAAAUACCACAGGAGUCUAAGAGAGAAAACGAACUUCUUCAGUUUUUUCUUUUGAAAAGAAAUAAAAUGAUUCCUUCCCUUUUUUAGAGGAUUUGGUCGAAAAGUCUUACACUGGAUUUCUUGCCAGUGUAUAUCGCAAGCCCACUUUUACCGGUCAGUACACACGCUGAAGUUCAUUUGGCCCAAAACAAAGUCAACCUUGUCAAAACUUUAGUACAUAGGGUAGUUAUGAUCUGCUCGAAAUCUAAACUGCACGCUGAACUGGAAAAACAUUAAGCAGGUCAUUAAUGUUGGCCGACCAAGACUUUGCAUUCAUGAGCAGAUCGAGAUUCAUUAAUGCCCAAAGCAGUCAACAAUCUUGGUGCCUCCUCCUUUUACCAAUGACCGAAGGCUAAGAAAAGGGGAACAUGAUAUCAGGUUUGUUGAUUUUUGUU